AGAGACACGCGUGCGGGAGCCGGGAGAAGAGAGAGCAGAGCCGGCGGUGGGCAGGGGGAAGCAGCGCAGUAGCAGGCAGGGAGACGGCGCUGCCGGGGCAAACUCUGCAUCGGCCCCGCCGCCGCUGCCUGGGCUGGACAGGAGCUUCCCCCAGCGAGCUGCGAAGCUGCAGGCCCUUCCUCUCAGAGGUCAGAUGGGCAGAUGCCAGAGGGAUGGAACGCCUCUUCCAACAGUCCAGAGCUGCGAGCAGCCGGGAUUAUUGUGCCCGUCAUCUUCUCCUUCAUCUUCCUCCUGGGUACCGUGGGGAAUGGGCUGGUGCUGGCCGUGCUGCUGCGGAACGGCCAAGUCAUUAACACCACCAACCUCUUCAUUCUUAACCUGGCCAUGGCUGACCUGUGCUUCAUCAUCUGCUGCGUGCCCUUCCAGGCCACCAUUUACACCCUGGACGGGUGGCUUUUUGGGGCCUUUGCCUGCAAGGCUGUGCAUUUCCUGAUCUACCUCACCAUGUACGCCAGCAGCUUCACCCUGGCUGCUGUCUCCAUUGACAGGUACCUGGCCAUUCGCUAUCCACUGAAGUCCCGGGACCUCCGCACCUCCCGAAACGCAGGAGUGGCCAUUGUAGCAAUCUGGUCACUGUCGCUGUUCUUUGCGGGGCCUUACCUCAGUUACUACCAGAUUGUCCAUUACCAUGGGGUGCCCAUCUGUGUCCCCAUCUGGGAGGACCAGCGCCGGAAGAUUCUGGACGUCCUCACGUUUGUCUUCGGAUACCUUCUGCCCGUGACCAUUGUGAGCCUGGCAUACGCCAGAACCAUCAAGUUCCUGUGGACCUCUGUAGAUCCCAUAGAAAGGAUCUCGGAUUCCCGGAAGGCCAAGCGUAAGGUCACCAAGAUGAUUGUGGCUGUGGCCAUCCUGUUCUGCCUCUGCUGGCUGCCCCACCACCUGGUCAUCCUGUGCUUCUGGUUUGGCCACUUCCCCUUCAACCGAGCCACUUACGUUUGCCGCCUGGCUUCCCACUGCCUUUCCUAUGCCAACUCCUGCCUCAACCCCAUUGUCUAUGCCCUCAUCUCCAAGCAUUUCCGCAAGCGUUUCAAGCAGGUCUUCACCUGCCUCUUCCUCCAGAACAAGACCAGGAAGAAGAAGAAGAGAUUUGGAAAGAAAGUCCAUGUGGUCAACGUGGGCAAAGGUUUCACCAACAGCACCAGAGGUUUCUAUGGAGGCAACAAUGAAGUGGCCCAGGUCCCAGAGGAGAGCACCAGGAAGAGGGACCCUGAAGGUGCCGGUCAUGCCAGAGCAUGGACUCACCAGCUACAAGAUAGUAUGUUCUCUGCUCAGAAAGAGCUACUGGAGGAGGAAAGCUUGGCAACAGCUGCCCAUCCCCUAGCUGUGACCCCCAAGAGGAGCUCAGGAGUUUCUGAUUGUUCACUACAGAUGAGCAAAGUGAAGAAACCCGUUUUCCAACCAGUUCCUGAGGGACUGCUGCCUCCGCUUUGAUCUUUGCUUGCUACUCGGAGCUUCAUCCCUUCCUUCUGGGGCUGAAGGACCUGUUGCUCUCUGAGCAGUGAGGUUAUUCAGUGAUGUUAGCCCUAUGUGUGUGGCCAGACAACUUUUUUCCAUGUGAUGAUGACGACUGUGAGAGAAACAAUGGCUGUCACCAAAGCAGAAGGUAGUGCCCAGGCUGCAGAGAGCCUUGGAGCCAGGGGACAGUAGCGGUGAGGCAAAGGAGAAAGAAACAGGCCCGUAACACCCAUGCGCACUUAGUUCUUGUCUCCUUAGUGCCCCUUUCUAUCUGAAGGUGCUGGAAUUUCUCCCCUGCUUGACCUUAAUAAACCCUGGUAAUUUCCUUCUCCUGCCACA